AUGCCGGGCAGCGCGGACCGCGACCUGCCCCUCUCCACGGUGCCAGCCGUCAUACAGCCAGCCAGCGCCAAGGCGAUGCCGGCGACGUCGGUGCCUGCGGCGGCUCCGGUAGCAGAGCGCGAGUCGCUGGCGGCGGCGGCCGAGGCGGAGGCGGGCUCCCGGUGGUGGGCGAGCGCGCCGGACCGCCGUCGCCACGGGCGCUGGCUGCGGGAGGCCGCCGAGCUGCUGCUCGAGGGCGCCGUGCUGGGAGGCACGCGGCGCGCCAGCCCCGUCUCCACGUGGCGAGAGCCCCGCCAGCUGCGGGAGGCGCUGCCGCUGCAGCUCGCCGACGAGCCGCUUUCGCACGACCAGCUGCUGCAGCUCGUGCGCGACGUCAUCCGCUACAGCGUCAAGACCGGACACCCCUACUUCGUCAACCAGCUCUACUCCGGUGUGGAUCCCUAUGGUCUGGUGGGGCAGUGGUUGAGUGAUGCACUCAAUCCCAGUGUCUACACAUAUGAGGUAGCACCAGUGUUUACACUGAUGGAGGAAACUGUCCUGCAGCAGAUGCGGCAAAUAGUUGGAUUUCCAGGAGGCCGUGGUGAUGGCAUUUUCUGCCCAGGAGGAUCUGUGGCCAAUGGAUAUGCAAUAAGCUGUGCACGCUACCAUGCAGCGCCACAUAUAAAGAAAAAAGGUCUUCAUGGUCUUCCACGGAUGGUCCUAUUUACAUCACAGGAUGCUCACUAUUCUGUGAAGAAAAUGGCUUCUUUCCUUGGUCUUGGUUCUGACAAUGUGUAUCUCAUAGAAUGUGAUGCUAGAGGAAAAAUGGAUGUGAAACACCUAGAACAGGAAAUCCAAAGAGCACUGAAUGAAGGAGCACUGCCUUUUAUGGUUUCAGCAACAGCUGGUACAACAGUUCUUGGUGCAUUUGAUCCAAUCCCAGAGAUAGCUGACCUGUGUAAAAAGUACAAUUUGUGGCUUCAUGUUGAUGCAGCAUGGGGUGGUGGAGCUCUCAUGUCUAAGAAGCACCGUCACUUGCUAAAGGGAAUAGAAUUAGCUGAUUCUGUGACAUGGAAUCCACACAAACUGCUAACAGCACCACAGCAGUGCUCAACAUUCUUGUUGAGACAUGAAAAUAUUUUAGCUGACUGCCACUCAGAAAGUGCUCAGUAUCUAUUUCAAAAGGAUAAAUUUUAUGACACUAAAUAUGACACUGGAGAUAAGCAUGUGCAGUGUGGCAGGAGAGCAGAUGUCAUAAAAUUCUGGAUAAUGUGGAAAGCAAAGGGCACUAAUGGUUUGGAAAAACAUAUUGACACAGUGUUUGAUAAUGCUGAAUAUUUCACAAGACAAAUUAAACAGAGAGAAGACUUCAGAAUGGUUUUAAAUGAACCAGAGUGCACAAAUAUAUGUUUCUGGUACAUUCCACCAUCUCUCCAUGGCAAAGAAAAUGAAGCAGAUUUUAAAGACAAAUUACACAAGGUGGCUCCCAAAAUUAAGGAAAGAAUGAUGAAGGAAGGUACAAUGAUGAUUACAUAUCAACCACUGAAUGAUCAUCCAAACUUCUUCCGUUUAGUCCUCCAGAAUUCUGCCUUAACUCACACUGAUAUGGAUUACUUUGUGGAAGAAAUUGAGAGACUUGGGAAAGACUUGUGAAACUUUCCUGCUGUCAUACAUUUGUUUGUGAAAUGACUGUGAUGACACAAGAUAUGCAUGCCUGAUGAGUGUUUGUAUCAAAUGCAUGGUAUACAGUCUGCAAAGACUAAAUUGCAUCCUAGAGGUCUUACCUCACAAUGUAUAAACAUUUUAACAUUAUUUAUUUAUGGAGACUGACAAAUGUUAAGAACUGUAGGAUGAACAUUAAAAGUAAUUUUAGUGAAACAGUUUCUUCUUUUAAGUAUAACUGAUAACCAACAAGCAUCUCGUCUACUAAAUAGUUUAAAAUAAAAUUUUAAUGAGAUCUUGCCCUAUCUCACCUAGUCUUUAAUACAGUGUCUGCCUCCACAGCUGAGUGGUAACUUCAUCACUAACUUGCAGACACAAUACGAACAUAUUUGAAACAUAGGCAUAAACAAUUAAAAUAACACAAAAUUGAAACCUUUUACAAACUGUC